ACGCCUGUAAUUUAAAAGGCAGCGAGCGACCUGACCGCGAGCGAUUAGCACGGCGUUCCGAUCUUUGUUUGUUUGCUGUAAACCGCAGUGGUUUUUAAAUCAGGACAAUGGCGAAGGACAUGACUUUGUACUGGGGCUCGGGCUCCCCUCCUUGUUGGAAAGUGAUGAUCGCGCUGGAGGAGAAAAGCCUCCAGGGCUACAACCAGAAAUUGCUCUCCUUCGAGAAAAUGGAGCACAAGUCCAAGGAAGUGAUGGACAUAAACCCCCGCGGACAGCUGCCCUCGUUCAAACAUGGGAACAAAAUCAUAAACGAGUCCUACGGAGCCUGUCUCUACUUGGAGAACCAGUUCAAAUCCCAAGGACAGCAGCUGCUUCCUGACUGUGCUGAAGAACAGGCUCUAGUGCUCCAGCGAAUGUUUGAAGGCCAGACCCUGCAGCAGAAGCUGGGUGAUGUCAUCUACUACUCCUGGCGUGUUCCUGAGGAGGAAAGGCAUGACUCGGCCAUAAAGAGGAACAAAGAGGCCCUGGCCACUGAGCUGAAGCUGUGGGAGGGGUACCUGAGCAAGCCAGAGGUGGGCCCAUACAUUGCAGGAAAAAAUUUCACCUUAGCUGACGUUAUCUGCUUCCCAUCCGUUGCUUAUGGUUUCCGUUUUGGGCUGUCCCAGGAAAAGUAUCCCAAGCUUGCAGGGUACUAUAACCAGCUGAAGGACCGUCCUAGUAUCAAGGCCACCUGGCCACCUCACUGGUUGGAGAACCCCCAGGGCAUGGAUGUCCUUAAAGAUGUCUGAGCUUCACUGCUGCAAGCAUAAAUAUUAAUAUCACCAGCUGCCUUUCUCUCCUUUUUGUCUUCGUAUCUUUCUGUUGGCCUGUUUUAGGAUAUAAUUUCUAAAAGUAAGGCCAAGCUGAUGUUUAAAGUUAGAUUCAUGAUGACUGAAAUUAAAUUCCAUUCACUGUACUAGUGCCCUACUACAAAUAUGAUAAAAUAUUGCUGUUUGCACUAAAUGUCAACUUUUUGCUUCAUUGGAAAAUGCAGGAAAGUGUAAAAUUCAGCUAGUUUUUCAGUAGAAACUAGUAACUAAACUAGUACUUUGGCUACAUUAUAUUUGUUUUGCUACUUUACAAUAAAUACCUAAAGAAU